AUGCCCCAGUCCGGUCACCAGAUGCCGUGCUCGCCGUCGUCGCUCUGCUCGCCGAAGAGAUCUGCCAUCCCUGUCGAUUCGAUUGCUGACGAAAUCCAGGUCGAGAACGGCGGCGUCGGGACAUUAGAAGCAGAAGAAAACGUCGGCCCUCAUCGUCUCCGACCUCCCACCGGCGCACCACCCAUCGCCGUCACACAGCCACUAGUCGCAGCGGAUGCCGGUGGUCCUCCGGCGAACCACCAUGCUCGCGCGCAACAUACACACACACACAAAGAGCACCAUCGACCUCUGCCGCCGCCGCCGCCCCCUACAGCUCGAACCGUGCCGUCGGCGACGAGAGAGGUGGUGAUACGGACGGCAUCCUCCCCGUCCCCGUCUGUCUCCUGGCCACAGUUGAACGUCGCAUCUGCUCCCCAGGCCAACGGCGGCGGCGUGAACAAGGUUGGUCGACAGCUCUUCAGGCGGCAAGCACGUCGAUCGCGGUGGUCGGACGCGAAACUUCGGUCAGCUCCAGCCAUGGCGGACACCGGUUUACUCGGCCCUGAACGGUGA